GGCGGAGCUAACUCGGAGUGGGCGCUGUAGGUUUCAGCCGAGCGUCAUUGUGCUCGCGGGGCUGAGGUCGUCUCAGCAGCCAUGGCGAAAGGCAGAGUCGCCGAAAGAUCGCAGACGGGGGCACUCCACACGACCCCUGUGGGGGACAGGGCAGCGGGGACGCGCGGUCUCUCGACGCAGGGCAGCGGAGACUACCUGAAGGAAAAAGCAUGUGCAGAAGCUGGGUCAGCAAGAAUGUCACUUCUUAUAUUGGUGUCCAUUUUCUUAUCUGCAGCUUUUGUUAUGUUUUUGGUAUAUAAAAAUUUUCCUCAGCUUAGUGAAGAAGAAAGAGUGAAUAUGAAGGUUCCCAGAGAUAUGGAUGAUGCCAAGGCUCUAGGAAAAGUUUUAUCCAAAUAUAAGGACACCUUUUAUGUACAAGUACUUGUAGCUUAUUUUGCUACAUAUAUUUUCUUGCAGACAUUUGCCAUUCCGGGUUCUAUAUUUCUCAGUAUACUCUCAGGGUUUCUUUAUCCCUUUCCACUAGCCUUAUUUCUUGUUUGUUUGUGUUCUGGACUCGGUGCCUCAUUCUGCUAUAUGCUCUCCUAUUUAGUUGGGAGGCCAGUUGUAUACAAAUACCUAACAGAGAAAGCAGUAAAAUGGUCACAACAGGUUGAGCGUCAUAGAGAACAUCUCAUUAACUACAUUAUAUUUUUGAGAAUAACACCAUUUCUUCCGAAUUGGUUUAUUAAUAUUACAUCCCCUGUGAUAAACGUGCCAUUGAAAGUUUUCUUUAUUGGCACUUUUCUAGGUGUUGCACCUCCCUCUUUUGUAGCAAUUAAGGCAGGAACAACACUGUACCAGCUUACAACAGCAGGGGAAGCUGUUUCCUGGAACUCAGUAUUUGUUCUAAUGAUUUUGGCUCUUCUUUCUAUUCUGCCAGCCAUCUUCCAAAAAAAACUAAAGCAGAAAUUUGAGUGAGAAAUCAUCUGGGUUUUAGUUUUCCUGUCAUCAUCAUCAUCAUCAUCAUCAUCAUCAUCAUCAUCAUCAUCUCAGGAUUGGCAGGCUUAGGUGUUAAAAUCACCUCUUCAGUAACUGAAACGAGUUUGUAAAAUAAAAUUUCCUAUCACACAGUUAAAAUAAUUCAUGUAAGAGGCAAGGGAGAGAAGAAAGUAAAAAUGGAAAUUGAUAUACUACGAAAAGUACGGUGGGUAGUUAUGAUAGACAUCUUCUAAAUUACUACUCCAACGGUAGCUGUAGAUAAUCAGAGCAGUGUAGUGGGAAAUUCUUGAUCCAACUGAAUCAAUUUAAUAUGUUUCAUGAACUGUCUAUACAUAUUUAUCCUUGACUUGAAAAUUCAAUAUUUUCCUCUCUUAUCCCUUACUAAUAACUAAAAUAGGGAAAGCAAAUACAAAAGCAGAGAUUCUAGAUUUUUUAAAAUAGUAUUGCAGUUCUUGCUAUUGUUAGCCUUCUUCAAGAGCAUAAACUUGAAAACUAAAGCUCAAAAGGAGAUUUACAUUUUCUUCUUUUUUUAACUUUGAGGUAAUGGAUUUAUUUAGAAGCUACACCUGGUGGACUACUGAAUUUGGAAAGGAUAUCAAGCUAUAUCUGUUUUGUAAAUUUUAUUUUUGUUUAUCCCUGUUCUAGAUUAUCAUGGGUUAGUCUGAAAUUUAAAAUUCUGGCCAGUCUAUUUUCAUCUUUUUUUUUCCUAGCUUCCACAGUAUUUCCACUGUGCAUAUAAAAAUGGCAAUUACAUGAUAAUUGUACUAUAUUGGUGUUGAUAAUUUAUAUUCAGAUAAUAUUUUGUUACACAGUUCCCCUUUACUAUCUCAAAAGGGGAUCAAUAAAAGCAAACAAAGUAUGCAGUUUUUAGAUGAUAGAUUAAUUAUAUUACUUUGUAUUUUGAAACGGAAGCAGCACAACACUUAAGUGGUUAAAUAUAGUUUAUUUGUUUCAAUAACUGUAAAAUUUACCUCAUUUAUUUAUUGGUCUGGUCAUUAAAGUAUGUAUUAUGUAAUUAUACAUAAUUAUGUAUUAUGCAUGAUACACUUAUAAGAAUGCCUUGUUUUGUUUUUAUUGAUGGCUUUUUUGUUUGGGGCUGCUUUUGAUUAAUGCAGUUACCCAAUAUAGUGUUUUUACUUUUUAUAACUCCAAGUUAAAUUAAAUCUUCACAUGGUAACUACUCUAUUUAAAUGGUCCUAGAAAAACUUAAACAGCUUUUUGCUGCUUGCUUAAUGGUAAUACUCUUAAUUUCCCAAUUCUAGGACAUAGCUGAUCUAUAAGGUACUUUGUCAGGUUUACCUUCACCCAAGACUGUUGUGUUGAAAAGUACUUUAGCUGUGGGAGAAAUCCUUGUAUGUUUUUAUUGUGAGAGGAAUGGUCAUCCUCAAAGCCUGUUUCUACUACAUAAUGUGGACUGAUUAUUUUUUCUAUCACAGUAUUAACAAAUGGAUUUAUUGUAAAUACAAAGAAAAUAUAUUAAUGAAUAUACUAUUCUUAUGUCA